AUGCAGCAAGCCUCCUCUGGGCCACGUCGUUCCGCUGUGAAGCGCUUCGACUUGUAUGGCAAGGUACACGAUGAUUACAAAAUCAAGACGCAAAGCGGUGGACUGAUCUCGUUGGUGUCUAUGAUCAUCAUGGCUUUGCUGUUCCUCUCCGAACUUCGAAGUUAUCUUCAAGUAGAAAUCAUUGAUCAUAUCGUCGUUGACACAACACUGAACCAGAAGCUUCCGAUAGGGCUGAACAUUACUUUUCCACAUCUCCGGUGCGAUGAGGUGUCUGUUGACACAGUGGACUCCACCGGCGAGAACCAGGCAGUGUCUCAUGCGCUUGUGGACCCUUAA